UGAUUUAAAUAUAUAUUGAUUUGUGCCUGUUGCUGCACAAGAGUAACAAGAAGUCAACAGAUGCCAGUCCCCAAGAAGUUAACAAUCUAACAUUUGACACAAAGGCGAAUAUGCAGCCAGGAAGAUUAUGCCGACACGUCUAUGUUAAUAUUAAAAGGGGGUUGGCAUAAAUCCUGGCGAUUCCCAACUCCGGUUAAAACCCUCCGUGGGCCUGAAUCUGCAGCCCUAGUGAAGACAACUCCACUCCUAUCCAGGGGUCAACUGGUUUAGUCCACAAGCAGCAAUCCUGACGCCGGCCAACGGAGUUCCCCCUGAGGGUCUUGGUCUCUCCCUGCCCGGCGGUGCAGCGAACCCCUUCCCCAGCCGCGGUGCUUCCCUCGUUACGUCAGUCCAGGAGGCGCCGGGGAGUGCGGGCUGGCGGGCGGGCAGGGCGAAAGGCUUUGCUGGCCGGCUGCCUGGUGGCAGGCCAAUGGGGGAGGCGCGAGCCCGACUCGGUUGCGAAGUGCUUUUGGCAACAGGCUUGGUGGCUGGUCCGGUCGGGCCACUCGCCGCUCCUCUCGGCGGUUAUGUAACGCAGCGCGAAAGGAGGGCCGGAGAAGAAGCUCCCUUCCAGCCGAGCGGGCGUUGCACGGCAGCAGCAGCAGCAGCAGCCCACCUUGCCUUUCCUUCGCCGGGCCCCGCAGUAGCCGCGCUGCAAUGAGCCCCGAGGACCCGCCGCCUGCCCUGCCCGGGAACCUCAACGAGCUGCCAGACGAGGCGCCCGUGGUGAAAGCUGCCGUGGCGGAACUCCGGCGCCGAGCCGAGGAAGAGGCCCUCCAGCCGUGGCCGCUGGCCCUCUCGGACGCCUUCCUGGUGCGCUUCUUGCGAGCUCGAGACUUCUAUCUGGACCAAGCCUGGAAGUUGUUGAAGAACUAUAAUACUUGGAAAACUGAAUGCCCAGAAUUAAGUGCAGAUCUACGGCCUUCCUCUGUUCUUGGUCUACUGAAUGCUGGUUACCAUGCAGUUCUGAGAGAGAGGGAUCCAGCAGGGAGUAAAGUUAUCAUUUACAGAAUUGCACAAUGGGACCCAAAAAUGUUUACAGCGUUUGAUGUGUUUCGUGUAAGUCUUAUCACAUCUGAACUUAUUGUAAGAGAAAUAGAGACACAACGGAAUGGAGUCAAAGUUAUAUUUGACCUCCAAGGAUGGAGGUUUGCUCAUGCAUUCCAGAUCUCUCCAGGAGUGGCCAAGAGGAUCGCUGCUGUGCUCACAGAUUCCUUUCCACUAAAAGUUCGUGGCAUCCACUUGAUUAAUGAGCCUUUAUUCUUCCAUCCAGUCUUUGCUAUAAUUAAGCCUUUUCUUUCUGAAAAAAUCACGGCACGGGUCCACAUGCAUGGGAGUAACUAUUUACAGAUUCUCCAACACCACUUCCCCAGGAUUCUCCCAAGUGAAUAUGGUGGUGAGGCAGUUUCUAUGGAAGAGCUCUCUCAGGAGUGGACUGACUACAUAACAGAAUGUGCAGGUUAUCUUCAGAGCAUUUCUCAGCAUCCAUAGAAGCCAACCAUUUCUGCAGGGAACACAGUAAUUUGAUAUUAACCUAAGAAAAUAACAAUUAUCCUAUUUUCAAGUCCAGUAAUAAAGAACAAUUAACAAUUAUUAUGCUCAGUGGUAGACCAUCUGCUUGGGAAGCAGAAGGUCCCAGGUUCAAUCCCUGGCAUCUCCAAAAAAGGGUCCAGGCAAAUAGGCGUGAAAAACCUCAGCUUGAGACCCUGGAGAGCCGCUGCCAGUCUGAGAAGACAAUACUGACUUUGAUGGACCAAGGGUCUGAUUCAGUAGAAGGCAGCUUCAUAUGUUCAUAUUACUGGACUUGAUCUAAAGGUAGUUUCUGGGUGAUAAAAAUGUGAAUUGGCACAGAUUCUACAAAAGUUAGUGAAGCAAAAAAAAAAAAUACAAUAGACUCAACCACCAAAUGUGAAACUAGUUUUGGACCAGUAUCAAGUGUUUUGAGAUCAGAAUAAUGUUGCUAGAGAAGUACCCUGUUUGCUGCAUUCUUGUUUUAAUGUGAAGAAGAGUACAAGUGAAUCUAUACAUUGCAGCUAGUAGGCACAUAUAUUUUUAUAGAAGUCUCAAAGUAAUUUGUAAAAGACUAAUUACAACCAAUUCUUGCUCAUGUGAGCAAAAAUUCUACUUUGUGAGCUACUGCAUAAAUUACUUUGUUCUGGGGCCAUAUUUGCUGAGCUCUAAGACAAAUAUGUAUGAGCCAGAGGCUAAAAAACUGUGAGCUGGCUCACACUAACUCAGCUUAGAAGGAACACUGAUUUACCAACUUGUGGGCUAAAACAAUAAAAACUGCCUAUGCUAGAUCAGACCAAAGGCCCAUCUAAUUCUCUAUGGCGAAAAAAGUCCCACUUGAAAAGCUUACAAGCACAGCAGGACAGAGAGAGCCAUUACCUGUUGCUUGCCCAUAGUACCCAAUAUUAGAGUAUACUGCCUUUGAAUAAUAGCCAUUGAUACAUCUGUACUCCAUUAAAUUGUCUGAUUCUUUUAAAAGCAAUCUAGACUAUAGCUGAUUUUGUAAACAAAGUCUCUAUGUGCCUGUGCACUUUACUUACUUUUAUCAGUCCUGAACUUACUGGACAGGAGUACUGGAAAGCAAUUAAACUUUUU